AUGGCGGACUCCAGCUUCAACAACCUGACAUCUCUAGCCCGGGCGUUAUCGCAGCCCUUACUCGACCUGGGUGAAUCGACAGAAGUCAGUCCUACGCGGUCCAUCCAGCUGCAUCCAACCCGCAGGAGACAGUUAUCGAGCUGUAACUCCAUCGACGUCGAACCCCUGACUUCACCCACCGCUGCUGAGGCGCGCGUGCUCGUUAUCAACACGGGAGGGACCAUAGGGAUGACACUUCAUGAUAACGGUAGCUAAAAGCCCGAUCAACUCAAUGUUGUUUUCCUCUCCAGGCAAACGUAGAGGGAUGCCACGCAUGCAUGUGUGCUGGCAGGUUUGGUCUACCAUAUUUUCGUGUUACUGGACGCGUGAGGCUUGGGAUACAAACCCACGUGACAACUAGUGCCGCCUAAAAUAGUCCUGCAAACAGCUUAAGUCCACUACUAUACCAGGGAGCAAACUGUAUGUACACAUGAGCUAGUGUGAUAUGUGAAUAAUAAAGUGCCAGAUGCAUCACGAUUUUAUUGAUUGCAAUAAAUAACAAUACUUCUAGUUUUAGACGGAGGCAGAUGUAAGUCUACUAACUUUAACUACACUGUAAAGUCAACAAAGAUAACCCCUAGUUUGUAAACCCCUGGGAGAGUCAGUGUAGUGUGAGCUGCAGUUGGAGUAACAUAACAGACGCGUUCAAUGAAUAACCAUGCAUUGACAUGAGGUGUUGGGAAACAUCUGGAGCACACACUGAAGCAAAAUAUUCAAAGGUCCAACCAGCUUUACGCUCAACCGUCAUUUGUUACAUAAUGGUUAGGGUCUAUGUCAGGGUGCUUUGUCUUUUUCGCAGCUCAAAUGUUGCACUGCAGAGCACCAUGAGAUUCACUUUUCUCUAAAAGGUUGAAUCAGUCACAACAAGGCCAUAAAUCCUGCAUUCAAGAACAUUGUAAAUCUUUAUUUUGUAUGAUUUACACACAUCAUGGCUGGUGUUGUUCUGAAGACACUUUGUUAUAUACUGUUAUUACAGGCAUAUAGCUUCUAAUAACAGUCUGGAGUUGAAUCACAUGUUUGUGUGACUUAAUGUCCCUCACCCUUAUUGAGUGUAGAGACUUUGUUGAUGCUAUCAUCAAUUUCAAGCUGGUUCACUUUGGUUCACGGUGAAAUAGCUUACUAACCUGCUGUGCUGGACUUUGAAAAGGUAGGGUCAAAUAUUGUCAGUUCCUGUUACAUUAGUUGAGUCAAUAUUGGACCAUUUACUGUAAAUUUACUCUGUGUGCUAGAGGGCUAAGUUUCUUUGGCCUUUCAAAAAGUCUGUCUUCAUAUAUGAUAGAAGUUUAUGGUAAUGAACGUCUUCAGGUGCUCCACAGCAGCAGUAGAGCUGUAUCCACUGUUUGCACCCUUUUGUUUCAACAUCAGUGUUACAAAGUUUGGAAAAGUGCCUUGUAAAACAGCUCAAAAGUGUCAACAAUGUAAAUGUUGUGGACUUUCAGCACCUGCAGCAAUUACACUUCUCUCAUUUACCACUAGGGUUCAGUAUGAGACUGAUGUGUGGGAUUGAAGCGAAGAGAGGCCCCUUUAACACAUUCAUAAAAUUGUACUGAUUAGCAGCAAACCAUAAAAGAGAACGCUAUGAAUGCUCACUCUUAUCCACCUUUUUUCUGUUUGUGUAUCCCACAGUUCUUGCCCCAAAAGCCAAUGCCUUUGUGAAGAGCCUGCGGAAGUUGCCCAUCCUUCAUGAUGAGCUGUACGCCCAGCAGACCUGCAUGUAUGAAUACUACGGAUCUGAAAACAGCCUGGUCCUGCCGUAAGCACACCCGACCUCACCUCACUGAUCAGCUGAUAUAUGGUCAUAAGUUUAUUUUAAGGAAUUUGAUCAAUGUUUGUUCUGCUAACAUCAAAGUCCAAACGGCAGGCAGAUACUUGUUUAGCCAAAAUCGGUAGUAUCUUGCUGUCAAACCCAAGAACAAACUACUACAAUGCUGUUUACUUAAUCAAUUCAAAGACCAUUCAUUCAUCUUUACAGAGCAUUCACUUUUUUCUGAUCAGAAUCAGAUAACCUUAUUUAACAGUGUUAUCAGCAGUUUAGGUUUAGUUUUCCUCUUUAUUUUAUAGUUGUUUUAAAGUGUCGUGAUUUGGAGGUGGUGUUGUUAGUUCACUGUACUUGCGCACGGUACAGUUGAUAUUCUUGUCAAAUCACUUUCACAUCAGAAUGAGUCAACACUGCACAGAAUCUGCACACUCUCCUAUUAAAAAUAAUUUAAUAUGAAUAAAAAUGAUCAAUGUCAUGACUUUCAACUGCUUUUGUUGCUUGAACAGGAAGCCGACACGUCAUUCGGACCAUUUGUAUCAUGGGUGAAGUAGCAUUGCGUGUGCCUGCACGGUGCUUAGAAAGUGAAUUGAAGUCUCUGCUUUCUCAGUCAGGGUGUGCUUGCCUGACAGGAAAUGCAUGCUGACGUGGCCGUCGACAAUAGAAGCAAAAAAUACCAGGAGGGAUACAAAAGCACAGAACUGUUUACUGCCUGAAGUAACAACUCUGCACUUUCUAAUGCCACCUCUGUCACCAAGUAGCCAGCUGCUUUAACAUGUGACGGUGGAGUAGCCUGGUGUUGUUAGCCUCAUGUUUCUUGGAUGUCAGUUGAUAUAGAGCUGCUAUUUGCUUGUAAGGAAAAGCGAGGGUAGUUUAUGCUACAGCAUGUUGUCUUGACGUCUGGAGCAUGUGCUGUGGAGCAGAGAGAGUGUAGCCCACCAGCUGAUCAGCAGCCUCUGUGGGGUUUUUUAAUUGUCAGUGAUAGUGGGGGUGCCCUACCAGAACUGCACCCUCACUCACUCAUUUCCAUACCCCCCUUUUCUAUUGACUGACAGUGAGACUCUGCUGGGUUGCUCUGUGGAGGUGGGUGUAUGGUAAAAAUAAGGCAUCUACAACUCACAGUGGACUGUUAUCUGUAACCUUGGGGUUGAUUUUACUAUGUGAUCUGCAAAGUUGAUAAUUAUUUUUACUUUGAAGACGUAAUGUACUCAAAUUUUACUCUUAAUGUCAACAUAGGAAGUAGACUUAUAUGCAGUUUUAAUGGGCAUACUGUUGAUAGUAUGCAGGCUUAGUUGAAGGAGGGAAUUAGUUUAUUGAUUUAUUGAAAAGCUUUACUCCGGAGGUGGAGAGGCAGCGCCACAAGGCCAUUUGCCCCCUUCUCACCUCCAGCCGUCUUCUUCCACUUCUUGACUCUACACACACACACAAACAGACACAAUAUACUCACACUUGUGCACACGAACAUUCAUUAUUCUUCAGCUAUGAGGCAUCUCAGCUCUGGUAUGCUAAUGUGUAGCUUUAAGGUGCACUUCCAGAUAUUGGAAAAACUGGUGAUUUGAAUAGUGUUUUUCAGGCACUUUGAGGAUAUCAACAACAUAUGUCGGAGGGUUGUGUGAGGACUUGAGGCUAAUGAGAGGAGUGUGUGUAGGACCCCUGGUCUGGUGUACUGGGCCAUACAUGCUCAUCCCCUGCUGUUCUAUUCAGCUCCAGUCUUCAUGUUAAAAGGCUGUCCUAUGGUAAUAUGGGGGGUGGCCCUCUCUGUUUCUUAAAAGGGAGAUUAGAAGGAAAAUCUCUCCAUGGCUGUUUCGUCACACCACCUUACUCAGAGUGCCUGAGAGUGUCGCAGGUGGUGCUUUAGGGCAGAGAAAUGACUCGCCAAAUAACCUCAAAGUUAUAUAAAUCAGUCACCGCAUGCCCCCCUGCUUAGCCUUUGUUUACAAUCCACAGUGGAAAAACUUUGAAAAAACCCUUGAACUAUAAAAAAGGGCAAGUUUUAAAGUGGAGCUCUGUUUGUCUACGAUGCCCCUCCCUUAGACAUUUCCAAAACUCUGUGUGUGAGUGUGUUUGUGAAACAGGUUCUGGCACCCUACUGCUGAGACAGAAGGCCCGGCUAAAUAGACUCUGUCUCGCUUCAUAAAGUCAGCUUGUUUUUCCAGCAUUUCCCUACCCCUUUCUUAAACCCGCUUCUCAAAUUUAACCAGAACUGGCUUCAACUUUUUAAAUUAGGCACAAUCAAGGAUCUUUUGUCACUGGGAAGAUAAUCAUCAUUUGUUUAACCAUGUGUCUUUUAUGUGGCUGUUGUAAUGACUGUUUGCACUUAAAAAGACUGAACCCACAUGAUUUUUUAUUUUUUGCGUGUUUCUGGGUCAAAUUUACACAGAAAACCCUUAAAACUCAUAGACUAACCUCUCUCCUGCAGGCUUAGUAAAGAUAAUAAGAGGAUAAUCUACAAUGUCUUAGAGUACAGCCCUUUACUGGAUUCUUCCAAUAUGACCACAGAUGACUGGGGCAGAAUUGGAAAGGACAUUGAGGUACUUGACUGAAUCAAUUUUUAAGAACAUAAAACAUUAUCUUUUCGAAACACAAGACAUAAAAACAGCAGUUUAGAGCUUAUGGGAUCUACUGUUUAUGAUGGUUGAAAAGAAAUAAUAACUGACGUGCUUUCCUCUCUUUUCUGAGUGCAGAAAAACUACGAAAGCUAUGAUGGGUUUGUUAUCCUUCACGGCACAGACACUAUGGCUUACACAGCCUCUGCCCUGUCCUUCAUGUGCGAACACUUGGGCAAACCAAUCAUACUCACCGGCUCACAGGUAAGAGCUGCUUUCCUUUGGAGUCAAACAAACAAACAAACAAACAAAAUAAAACAGAAGCGUUUCAACAAAAUCCUGUUGUGUCUUUAGGUGCCUAUCUAUGAGAUGAGGAAUGACGGCAGAGACAACCUGCUGGGGGCUUUGCUGAUUGCUGGCCAGUUUGUCAUUCCUGAGGUAAAGAAAUGGAGAUUGCACAGGCACACGCGCACACUCUCCAACACAUUAAGAGAUUGCCGGAAAAGUGCUGUUUGAUAGCUGUGUAGAAAUAAGAUUUGGAUUCACUUUAUUUUGUGACUAUGAGAAAGAAAAAGACAAAAAGUGAGAGACUUGUGGGACAUAAAAAAAUCCUACAAGAUGGUACAACUUAAUACAUCAAGGUAAUCCACCAUGUUCUCCAAAUAAGGAUGACAUGACUGUUGAAAAGAAACCAAAGUUCUCUGAAAUGAGCCUUCUUAUCAAAAUGCUUUCUAACAACAGAGUUUUGCAAUGCUCAACAACAAUUAUGAGAACAAGAAGAGCACUCAAAGGUGUAAUCUGUCUAUCUGUGUGACGCUUGUAGCCACAGGUAUUUCAUAAUAAAUGCGUCGUCUUUCAGUGCACGUACACUGGUUUUAAAGAACAGGUAAACCCUGUCGUGUGAGGGAUUUUCUCCUUGUGUUUAUAGUUUUCAUUUUGCAUCAAACAUGUCUCUGUCUCCCUUCAGGUGUGCUUGUAUUUCUACAAUAAACUCUACAGAGGAAAUCGUGUGACCAAAGUGGAUGCUGGGAGUUUUAAUGCAUUCUCAUCUCCAAAUUUGGCCCCUCUUGCCACUGCAGAAGUGGAUAUAACAAGUAAGUUGGUAAUGAAAUAAAGAUUCAGUUCCACAAAGAUUAAAAAUUGUCAAUGAUAACAGAAUUUGACAGUUUGUAAAACAUUAAAACCCUUUAUUAAGAUGCAAAGACGACACAUCAAAUCUUUAAGUAACAUUAAGUACAAUGUUGUUGUAAUAGAUGCAAAAUGUAGUUUGUUGUCCUCUUGCUUUAUUUGAUUUGUCUUCCCUGAAACAGCAUUGUCUGGAUGACACUAUAUGAUGCUCCAAAACUUGUUUACACUGUCCAGCAUUAAUGGUUUUUACCCAGAUGUGUAAGCUACACAUGCCACGGGCACUUAAGCAGCCCUUCAUCAUCACAGCUGUCAAGUUGCAGACAGUAGUUUUUGCUCAUGCUGUGAUUCCCACUUCAGAGUUAUGUCUGUUUUAAAUGCAGUGCCACCUCUCUGUAUCUUGAAUGAAACAGUGAACUUAAGUUGAUGAAAUCCUUGAAUUCUCUGUGAGUUAACACCAUUCUGGAAUAGUCGACCUCAUAAGCCCAGGCCUCAUGUGAAUGUCCUUUUUAUUAAUGUAACUUUAUGCUGUUCUUUAGUCAACUGGGAUACUGUAUGGAGGGCAAACACCACGGCAAAGUUUCAAGUCAGGACUGAGCUGAACAGGAACGUUGGCUUGCUCAGACUUUUCCCAGGAAUCACUGCUGCUACUGUAAGUCACUCGAGGUAACACUGUUGUUUAUAUGAUAGCAGUAUAGCCCCAGAAAUUUUCUGUCAUUGUCUCCUGAUGUGUAUAAAUUAGUUUCUGCUCUUAUUUAAUGUUAUCUUUCACCUAUAUUAGGAUGCUUUCAUUGUUAAAGAAGAUUAUCUUCUCAAUCUAAAACUUUAUGAGCUCAAAAAGCAAAAAAAAAAAAGAGAGACUGAAAAAUAUAACUAGCAUGUUGAAAAGCCAACAGUGUUUACCUCCAUGAAUAUUAAAAUCUUAAUUGUGGAUGUGUAUUUCAAACAUAACUGUCUGCUCCAAACUGUUGUUUAGUCAAACUGCAGUAAAAAUAUAGUUAACUUUAAUUUAAUUGUGCUAUUACCCGUCUUCUGUUGCUCUCCUGGUCAUGUAAACUGCCAUCAAAGCUCAGCCUGGAGAAAGAUGAAAAGGAGUUAUGAGCCAUGACCAAUCACCCUGUAAAGAGGAGGGUUUGGCAUAGAUACUGUAACAUUUAUCUGCACCUCCCCCUGCAGAGGCUGCUGGGAGAGCGACUUUACUGUCUCAAUCUGCUCCCACUGCCCGGCUCGGCUAUCAACACUUUCUUACAGCCUCUAACUGCAUUUAUGAGGCAUCGCUUUGAUUGGGCACCAGACUCUUGUGUGCCCACCGAGAGCUCCACUGUUAAUCUGCGUCAAACAUUUCUGCUUAUCGCAUCAGAAAAAUACUGACUGAACCUUGCACUUUUAAUGUCACCUUCUCCCACAUUUUACGGUAACUGCCUUGGUCGUGCCAAGUGACUUUAUACCUCCUAAUACCUUCAGAUUAAUUGCUCUCCUUCCUGCCAUUUCAGUCAUCUGCCUUUCCAGUCAUAUGCCAUGGCUAAUGAUGUGGUAUAGGGCCUCCUGGUGCCAGCCAACCAGUGACUGAGAUACUGGUUGCAUAGAAAGCACCAGAUGGGCUUUUAGGAGAGUGGACGGACUCAUGCGUUUGUGAAAGGGGCUGCAGGAAAAAUAACAUGGAAUACUAAUUCUUCAAUUUGAUUCCACACAGCUGAGCAGCCAGAUCAGAUGGCCGUAAAUUUGGGGGAGUUUAUAAUGUGAAUCCCUCUUUUUUCCAGGUGAGGGCUUUCCUGCAGCCACCCAUGGAGGGCGUAGUCCUGGAGACCUAUGGGAGCGGAAAUGCCCCCGAUAACCGUUCUGACCUGCUAGAGGAGCUGAAGAAGGCCACAGAUUCUGGUGUCAUCAUCAUCAACAUCACACAGUGUCUGAGGGGGACUGUGUCAACGUCCUACAACACUGGCAAGGUACAUUGCAUCAUCUACUACACACCCUGAUACAUGCAAGUUGUUGUUAAUUCUGAAUUUAUUCAACUCUGUAAAUAUAACAUCCUGAUUACUGUUCUUGUUAUUUUAUAUUGAUGUUUUUCCAUAUCCUGUCCUUACAUCUUAGGGAAAGGCUUUGUUGUAACUUUGUGUUUCACAAUGACAUCAAAUACUUGAAGUGAAUCCUGCCAACUGCAUUGAUAUCGUAUCAUUGGUAUUGAGCAACAUAUUCUUGAUAUUUUCUUUCAGGUGUUGAUAGAUGCAGGGCUGAUAGCUGGUGGAGACAUGACUCCAGAGGCUGCUCUCUCAAAGCUGUCCUAUGUACUGGCCAAGACUGAGCUGGAACUUGAUGCCAAGAAAAAGGCAGGUGUCUGCAUAUAGAGGGAAAUUUUAGAAAUACGGGGGGGUCAUCAUCAUCAUCAACAACCUUAUUUAAGCCUAAAAAUCAUUGCUGUUUCCCUCAUUUACAAUGAUGUUGAGAUACUUGAAUUAUUUCACGGAAUGGUGUUUCUGAAUCGGAGGCAUUCCUGAAUAUGGAAACAACUUGAUAAUAGUUAUUAUUAAUAUGAGCAUGUCUGAAACAUGUCUGUGUGUGAAACCGUACAGAUGAUGGCGCAAAAUCUGCGAGGUGAAAUGAAUGCCGACCUAGCAGGAGCCAAGUUAGUUCUGAGUGACAGCCGCUUCAUCCAGGUCAUCGCCAAGAGUCUGAGCAUCAGCUGCAAAGAGGUGAGAGCUUAACCAACAAUUUCCUGUUGAGCUUUUAUUACUACCUCCUAAAAGUAGAAUACAAAGGCAAAAUUAAAGACAAGAAGCAGCUUUGUGAUCACAGUCUGUGGUGUCUGCAGGAGCUGGAAGCUAUCCGUGAUGCACUGACCCCUCCGCUGGCAUGUGCUGCUGCUAAGAUUGGAGACAUAGAGGCAAUAGAAGCCCUGAAGGACAUGGUUUGUACACCUGAUUUCUAAUACUAAACGUAAUGUUGACCUGUAUUCAAAAAUGGUAGAAAAACACGAUACCUCUUUUGUACACAAAUAAGCCACGGGAUUGUUUGUAUGAAGAAAUGUUGUCAUGUAUGAGUUGUCAACCUCUUGUGUUGUCAACACCGGACAAAUCUGCCCUCUGAGACUGUGACACCAGGGGCCAGAUUUUUACGUCAGGAGUACAAUGUUUGACUCCACUUAUCUUAUCUUCACCAUGUUUGUUCUGUGGGGUCAAAGCACCGAGGUAAACCAAGCUUUGCCAUAAACAACAGUUUUUCAGGGUCAUUCCUCCUGUUGAGAGAGGCAAGAGAAAGACACGGACGCACAACCAAACAAAACAUGAGGUCAGACUGGUAGGGCAGGUGUAGACUCACUGAAGCGGUUACAUGUACGUGUUUCUGUGCAGUUGACGCUGCUGGAUUACCCAACAGAUUGUAAAGACUUGAUAUUCUUACACUCAAAGAAACAUUUGACACGUACAUGAAGCUUAGGGAUCAAGAAUGUGUUCUGCUGACAUUUGUUACCCUGCAAUCUUUGCCUCUCUUUACUCUUCUUAUGUAAUGCAGUCGUUGCUUUGGAUAUAGCUGGCUUAAAUGCUUGUGCUAAAUCUUUUUGUAAACAUAAAUUAACACCUCGGCGCAUUAGUCAGUCCCAACACCUUCUGUGGCACCUGACUACAUACCAGUGUCCCUAAUGAGGACAUAAAUCUGUGUGACAGGACAAAAACAUAUAGAUUAAUCGCUUUCCUCGACACUUUUUGGCAACAUAGCAUCCUGGAAAGAAAAAUAGAAAGUGAUGAGUCACGAUUCUCUUGUUUAGGAUAAUCUGCUUUAGUCUAAGGAAGGACUUCAUGUCUUCUGUUUGAUUUCAGGUUUAAUUUAACAUGAAAUUAUAAUGACACUGUCAUGUUUUCCAUUUCCACAGGGCAGUAACUUGUGUCUCGGUGACUAUGAUGGACGUACACCCCUUCAUAUCGCCGCCUGUGAGGGUCACCUCAAACUGGUGCAGUAUCUACUGAGUCAUGGAGCCACAGUCUAUGCUAAAGAUCGCUAUGGCGACACACCUCUGUGCAACGCUGUGCGCUUCAGGUAAAACUCUUCAUUUCCACAAUAACAUCAAAUGUGUUUGUUUUGAUCUCUUUUAGAGUAAAAUGUUGGUUAUGAAGCUGCAGACACAACAUUAAAAGUCCCCUCUUGGCCAUUAGCAGCGGCUGAGUAUUCCUGAAAAUCUGUUGUUAAUGGCGGCUGCUAUAGAGGGGACUUCAUUAAAUGAGCUGCUGCAAGGAAGAGACUGUGGCUUUGCUUAAAUGACAGGGUGGGAGCAGUGGCUGUCAUGAGGGGGGCUGAAACCAGGGGAACAGCCUGUAAUGGAGUUUAGAGGCCAGGCAAUAAUUAUAAACUAAUUAGGCUAAUUGUCAGCCAACAGUUUAGUCAGUGUUUAUUUUUACCAAAGCUGUUUUUUAAUUUUUGUCUUUCAUUGACAUUGCUCUAAAUGUCUAUGAGGGAAAAGCUAGCCACGCUUAAUGUUUCACUUUUAGUGCUAUGUUGAGCCUCAGGGUGAAGACGUUGUAUGUGUGGAAGCCUUGCCAAAUGGCUGUUGUCCUAUUUUAACGGUUGGCACCGCGAGUACAGACUUGUUUCCUUUGUGACGGUGGAGGGAUGCACUUGAGCGCAAACACCUGUCGUUACACUUCCUGUACACCACACCUUGGUCUGAUUUUCUCUUCCUGACUGUGUUUAAUGAGGACUUACUAACCUAUAGAAGGAGAGUCUUGAGCAGUCAGGUUAUCUGUCGCACUUUGAAUGUCACUCAGCCAACCUUCCAGCAUUGCAUUUCAAGCUGAAUGCCCAUAUAAGGAGUGGCAGAAAGCGAAGGGAACGAAGGGUUGCAGAACAAAAGUGGGGAGUGUCGCCUAAACCAGUCCUACCAACCUGCUCCCAGUUUCACAGAUUAGAGAUACUGGCUUUCUGACUUUCUUCAGGAAGUCUUUUAGAUCCUUUUAAUAGUUCCUUUGGCUGCAGCUCUGCAUUCCUCCAAACAAUUAAGCCUCAAAUUGAUCUGUUGCACAACUUAAUUUCACAAACAGCUAAGUCUGUUAUUACUGAAAACAAUCCAGCUGUGCACUGGUGGCCCAUUGUAUGCCUGCAGUUUUUUCUUCAUUUACUGCCUCUCUAGAUGUCACUACAGGUGACGGAUUAUUACGGGGGAUGAGAAACAUGUUCCUACAUGCUAAGCAAGAAUGACACUGCAAAUCAAAGUGGAAAUUAAGUUAAGGUUUGAUGGAAUUUAAAAUAGAUCUGUCAAAAGAUGAAUCUUUUUAAUCCUGGGUUAAGGUUGUAAAGCAGGGUCUUGAGUAGGAAAUCAAAUGAAUGCGAUGAAGUUACUAAGGAUGCUGUAAGCUUUCCACCAGUUUACCAAGUGCUAACGAUAGUUAACAUCUUCAUCCACGGGUCUGUGGCAAUCCACAAACCCCAAAACAGAGCUCUGACAGCUUUUGUGAUGUGGUUGCUCACUGAGAGCACUCUGAUUAGCUUCAUAUUACAUUUGACUCAUUAACUGAGCUGCCUGGGAGUGAUUCAAAGUGGGAUGUGCCACUCAAAAGCAUAGUGGUGUUAUCGUUUCACAGCUGCAGAAUAAGCAAUGUUGUAGCGACUGAACUACAGCCUGCAGAAGCUGACAAAACAGCAUAGGAUUCAAAGAAAAUAACCUGCAUCUUGAUUAACGUGUCAAUGCUGUGUUGUAUGUCCUCUCUCUAACUCAGGCAUAGGGAGGUUGUAAAGCUGCUGAGAAAGACAGGAGCACAUUUAUCCAGAGACGAGCUGGAGGAAGCAGGAACAGAACUGUGCAGGUAAGAAGCUCUAGAAACACCUUAAAACAGUUGCACACACAUACAGUGACAAAUCUCUGUAUCACAGCCACUCGCAGUGACCCAUCCUACAUAGCUGACACAGGUACAACCAGUCGUCCCACUGUUACACAAACUGUAGGAAUGCCCCCUGGCAGCAUAGCAUCAAAUCUGUUCUGCAUCUUAAGUGUCAGCAAGUGUAUGCCACACCGGCUGAGCCCUGUUAUUUAUCUGCUUGAAACACCCAACAGGUUUUGGUAGGACAGUCCAAUUUACAGGUACAGAAACACACCUUCAGUAAAGAACCACCAGCAUGGCUUCAUUAAGAUAGAAUCAAAGCAUGUUGUGCGUCACAGAGCCUCAUUAUCAUCAGUCUGGCUCAAUUUCAGAAGUCUCUGAACAACAACUCAUCCUCAGUCAAGUAUCACUUUGAUUGUGUUAAACAUGCUACUUUUGUGAACGCUUGUCAUCUCUUUCACUCGGUAAUUUUCUGUGAGUCAGCAUGGCAGUCAGCGGCGACCUGGAGGGUCUUGAAAUCUGGAGUCUGGCUGGAGCGGAUCUGAAAAAAACAGGCUAUGAUGGACGGAAUGCCAUCCAAGUGGUGGGUCAUUUACUCCAUGACCCUCAUAAAUCCACAGUGUGAAACCCCAGUUUACUCAUUCUGUGUGUUAAUCUUUGCCCGUCACAGGCCCAAGCUUAUGGCAAAAAGGAAGUAGUGGCAUUUUUACUUCAACUACUGAGCCGUAAAUCCAAGGUAACUACUUAUCUGUCCUGCGCUGCAUUAAUAUCUGAUUUUUCUUUCAUCUUGAUGUAAUUCUCUGACUAUAAUUGUCUCCCUUCAUCUGUGUCUCGUUUAAUUUCAGACAGUAAUUGGUGAAUUCAAUGAAUAUGAUGAAUUUGAUGAUGAUGAUGAUGAUGAGGUAAUGAAAUGUUGAGAAUUAUAUAUUUGUAUAUUGAGCAUGAAACUUGGACUCCCUGUCAUCUCUGUGUACAUCCCCCUUUGUGCCUAUCAUCCAUUCAUCUAUUUUCCCUUCCUCUUUAAAUGCUGCUUAUUAUGCUCGAUGUUGUUGUGAGUGGUGUAUCCCAGCAUGCAUUAGAUGGGUCAUAGUCUGUCACAGGGCUAAAGCACACUUGUAUACACAACAAACACAUUCACACCUUCGGGGAAACCGGGGCUGACAGUUCAUGAGGCUCCCAGAGGAAAUCCAUACAGACAAUAAGAGAACAUCAAACUCUUCACAGAAAGGGUUCUGGCGGACCUGCUGGGGUUCAAACCGAGGACGUUCUUGCAUACGAUGGUGCCCAUGGGACCUCUGUGCAAAACUUCAAAAAACUCAAAGACGAUACACGGUAAAACGGUCAAAUUUAGAUUUUAAAAGGUGGAAGUCUGGGAUUUGUUUUUAAUUAAAUUAAAAACUGGUAUUCAAGAGGCUGGAUUAGUCCAAUGAGAUUAAUCAAUUAGUUGAAUUAUGAACAGAAUGAGUUUGUAAAUUUGAGUUAAAGCCUCAGAUCAUUGAUAUUCUUCAGACAAAAUCUCAUAACCUGUAGCGCCUGCCUUCAAACGGCUGAGAGAGCUAAACCUGUGCAGCCCGCUUUUUUACCAGGCUGACCGGUGUGUGCUUGUGCUUGUGUGUUCACAGGAGUUGUCAUCAUCGCUGUAACCCCCCUCACCCUCCAUUGCGUCACUUUGAUUCUCUCUUUCUUUGUCUUUGUGGCAGAACGGUGAAGUGAUCGAGUUCACUGCCACUCCAGGAGGAUACUGA